GGAAAAACUGGGAGAAGAUCCGGAAUAUUAUCGUUUUUCCUAUGGUAAAACCGGUGCCCCUCUUCAGGAGAACUGAUUUCAAAUUAUUAUUAUGCAACCACAAGGAUCUCUUCUUUCUCAGGGUGUCUAAGCUGCUGGAUUGCUUUUCGCCCAAAUCAAUGUGGUUUCUUUGGAACAUUUUCAGCAAAGGAACGCAUAUGCUGCAGUGUCUUUGUGGCAAGAGUCUUAAGAAAAACAAGAACCCAACUGAUCCGCAGCUCAAGGGCAUAGUGACCAGGCUAUACUGCAGGCAGGGCUACUACUUGCAAAUGCACCCCGAUGGAGCUCUUGAUGGAACCAAGGAUGACAGCACCAAUUCCACACUGUUCAACCUCAUCCCAGUGGGACUGCGUGUUGUUGCCAUCCAGGGCGUGAAGACAGGGUUGUAUAUAGCCAUGAAUGGAGAAGGUUACCUCUACCCAUCAGAACUUUUUACCCCUGAAUGCAAGUUUAAAGAGUCUGUUUUUGAAAACUAUUAUGUAAUCUACUCAUCCAUGCUGUACAGACAACAGGAAUCUGGUAGAGCCUGGUUUCUGGGAUUAAAUAAGGAAGGGCAAGUUAUGAAAGGGAACAGAGUAAAGAAAACCAAACCAGCAGCUCAUUUUCUACCCAAGCCAUUGGAAGUUGCCAUGUACCGAGAACCAUCUUUGCAUGAUGUUGGUGAAACGGUCCCGAAAACUGGGGUGACGCCAAGUAAAAGCACAAGCGCGUCGGCAAUAAUGAAUGGAGGCAAACCAGUCAACAAGAGCAAGACCACAUAGCCAGAUCCUCACAGGUGGUGUGACUCUCAUCCCGAGCACAGUUGAGCGAUUUAUCCUUCCCAGACCUUCCUCUCCCGGGGCUGAGGAGCAGCAGCGGGGAGCGCGCGAAUGCUUUCUCUUUGCUGUCCCAGAACUUCUCUGUUGCAAAAGGGUAAAUCUCAACCUGUGGCCCCCACACAAGAAGACACCUGGACAACCAGCUAAACUCAGACCAUGGAAUGCCCUACCAGAUAUGGAAUGCCUUUUUACUAUCUUUUCUGUGACUCUGACACUCCAUGUGAAUGACGUACUUCACAAGUACACUCGAUACCUUGCCUGCUGACAGCUCCCAUAACCCUUUUUGAGUCCUGUUUCAGCGAAAUCCAUGUGUUUAAGUUCAAUUUUGUAGCACUCCGAUAAUAUUGAGUAAUUUCUAGUUAGAAGCUGUAAAACUGUGCUAUUAUGGAUUUCUCUUCUCCCCGUUUUUACAGGGCUGCUUGCUCCACUGUCUGUGACCUUUUGCAGGGAUUGUGUUCCUCUAAAUCUGAGAUGUUGCAGUUGGCUUAGUUUGGAGAGCAAUCAGGGAAUCAGGAAGCCUUCUACACCUAUUGUUCCAAAUUCCAUCUCUAAAGAUUAAGAAUGUUGUCUCUGGCUCACAUUACCGAUUAAACACACAUAUACGCUCUAUCCGGUAGCAGACAAGAGGCUCCCAAAGUUGGAUUGGCCAGCUGGGAUGAGGGUCAAACACUGUCCAUGGAAAGCUCUCUGCGUGUGUGUUUGACAUGCCCUCUAGUUUCUGUGUGUGCGUGUGUGUGUGUGUGUGUGUGUGUUUUCUACAUAUCACAAGCUCACUGGUAAUGGUAACAUUUGCCUUGCCCAGCGAGCAAGACCCACUGGUUUUUGAGAAAGUGGGUCCAAAGAAUUCUGUAGGCCUUGUAGGCCUGAUUAAGGUUCAUUUCUCAUCUAUUAAUCUUCAUUAUUGGGAAAAAAGGGGGAUCAAUCAUUACAACCUAUAAAGAAGUGCGCUACCUAAAUCCAUUUCCAAUCAACCCCUACCUGUUUUUAAUGAACCGAACUAAUGCCAUCCCUGUUUUGGGCUGCGUUCCACUCAUACCCAGCCAAGCAUGGGCAAGGCGGCUGUUGAGUUCUUUUCUGCAGCAGCAAUGCAAAUGUUAGGUAUAAAUUAGGCUUUAAUAUUUUUGGUGUUUAAUGACAAGUUUUUAAAAUGGACAUAUUAGGAAAAACUAUUUUUUUUUAGCUCAGCAUGCUGAGUCCGGUACCGUGGACCUCACCAGUACAUACCUCUAGCUUGGCCUCCUGGGUCCCUGGUUGCCCCCUAGCUGGGUUAGAGGUGCCUUGCCAUGAUCUCAGAGCUACCCUAGAUAAAAAUAAAGGCAAACCAACAUACGUAAAUAUCAGAUUUUGGGGCCCUUGGCUUAUUUGCUUUUAUUUUGCUUUCUUAGUUUUCUUUUUGAUUGAUCACUGUUAAACUCUGAGCUGAGAGAAGACACGUACCAAGGAGGGCCAGAAAUAGUUGACUAUCCAGUGAAGAGUCCAUGCAAAAUGUUCAAUAUCGGAUAUAACGAGCUUCACAAUGUUUAAUACUCAACUGUUUGGAAAUAUAUUUGUUAACUCUGUGUACUCUUAAUAAAAUUCAAUGUUUUCUUCUCAGAAGAGUUAAUUGAAACCAACUGAACCUCGUUCACAAAAAACAAUCUGUGAGAUCAAUGUACUGGCCUCUUGUUAUUAUUUCCAGGUGGAAGGACAACCCGAUUGCCAUUCCCCCCAUCUGCACUGUAUUUACUGGGAAAUUAUUUUGUCAUUGCUUUCAUAAAUCUCCAUGGCAGCCCUUUGCCCAGCAUUUAAAAUUUUUGGCCUGCUUAGCUGAUUAAAAGUUCAGUAUAAAUUUAAUGUUCAUGCUUACUUCAUUUUCAUAUUGGAUUCCACUUUAAUAAAUAAAAAAUUAGCUAACAUUUGAGUAGAAGUGUCAAUAAAAGUGUUAAACUACACGUACAACAAAUACAACUAAGUGAUUCUUUUGACCAUUCUGGAUUUGGGGUUAUACCAUUUUCAAACCCACCGUUUUAAACAGGGUAAGUUAGAAAUGUAUUAGGUGAAAUUCAGUAACCAACUAUUUAGGGAAGACAUAUAUCCCAUAAUAUGUGGCAAACUGAAUAAUUUGUAUUUUCAACUAGAUGGGCUUGUAGACACUUCUUACACCACAAUACACACACACACACACACACACACACGCACAUGACCCCAACUCUAUGAUUUUGAUAAUCAGUAUACUUGUGAUUUAUUUAUCCUUUGCAAGCCUGUUUAUUGGUUAAAAUUAAGAUAAGAUUUAUUUUUGUAAAUGAUUGAGAUUUAUGUAAAUGUGUACCUUUGUUUUGCAUUUUUAUGGGUGUUCUAUAAGGGCAUUUAUCACUAAGAGCAGAUGUCAGAGUACUUCCUCCUGAUACAUGUUUGGACAUACUGCAGAGGAUCCUUGUUACUUGUAAUUUAGUUAGAUCAUUUACUCUGUGUCUGGUCUCACCUGUUGCAUGGCAAGAGGACAGCACUGAUGAACUGCAUGUAGUAGGAACCUGUGUAUCAAGAACUGUUGGUAUGUAUCACUCAAUUUACAUACAGAGUUUGUCUGCAUUGUACAGUUUCUGUGUUUACUAUCAUUUGUUGUAUUCACAAAUACAACAUAUGGAAUAAAAUAUUUAUAUGAAGGCAUAUGAAUAAACAUCAAACAACUUUAUGUAACAAAAUGGCAUUGCAUCAUCGACAUAUAUAUAGAAAUUGUCAUGUAAAUAAGUUGGUAAACUGAAUCUCCCCCUUUACCAUGCCAAAGAAAAUUUUAGCUCUUUGAUGAUACCUCUCUCGCUACUUUUUCAGGAUAAGACUUCAUCAUUUUUUCCUUCAUAAAUUCAGUUUGCUGUUA